GGUACAUAUAUUGAGGAGGGGGAUGAGGCUGAAGAGAAUCUCUACAGUAAUACAAGCAAGCAGAGUGAGCUUCUGGCAGGGCGUUGAGGGACACCUGUAGUGAUAAAGCUGUGAGAGUUGACACUAAGGUGAGAAUAUCAUGUGCGUAUCUCGGCUGGUUUUGCUGCUUGGGCUGCUUCUAUGUGUGGGGGCUCAGCUGUCCAGCGGCCAGCACUGGUCCCAUGGUUGGUACCCUGGAGGCAAGAGGGAGCUGGACUCUUUCGGCACAUCAGAGAUUUCAGAGGAGAUUAAGCUAUGUGAGGCAGGAGAAUGCAGCUAUUUGAGACCCCAGAGGAGGAAUAUCCUGAGAAACAUUCUUCUGGAUGCCUUAGCCAGAGAGCUCCAGAAAAGGAAGUGACAGCAUUCCACCCUUACACUGCUUUUCUACCUAGUGACCCUCUUCUUCAAUGUCCUCGUCUUGACGUGAAACAACUUUAUGUUGAUCCUCUGAUCUUGUUUACUUGGUAUAUUUGCCCGUAAAUUUGUUUUCAAGCAUUACAUGGAUUUUCCCUGUGGUAAACAAAUGUUGAAAUUACAAUGUCCCACAAUAAAGUAUCUAUUUUGAUAUUAACUUUUUUUUUUUCAUUUUUGAUUUCCAAAAUUGUCCAUGGUAUAAAGUGUGAAUAGUAUCUGUCUAGUAAAAAAAAGUAGGAACCUUAGAUGUUGUAGAAGUUUCAAAAUAAAAAUAAUAAAAUUCAUGAUGGCUGAA